AUGGCGGCGCCCCUAGAGGCCCUGCCAGGAGCGCUGGCGCCCCAAGGGACUUUCCCAAGGACAACCGCGCUCCCAAGGGAAUUCAAGGGACGGUGGGGCUCUCUGAGGGACGGCGGCACCCCUAAUGGCCCUGCCAGGAGCGGUGGCGCCCCCAGGAGCUCUGUCAAGCAUGUUGGUGCCACCAGGAGCCCCGCCAGGGGCGGUGGCGUAUCCAAGGGCCCUCUCAGGGACAGCGGCGCCCCCUUGGGCCCUCCAAGGGGCGGAGGCGCCCUCAUGGGCCCUCUCAUAGGCGAUGGAGCCCCAGGGGCAUUCCCAGGGACAGCAGCGCUCACAGGAGCCCUCCCGGAGGCGGCAGCGCCCCCAGGGGCACAAGGCCCUCUCAGGGAAGGUGGCGACCCCAGGGGCCAUGCCAGGAACAGUGGCGCUCCCAGGGGCCCUCCCAGUGACGGCGGCAUCCCCACGAGCUCUCCUAAGGAUAGUGGCGCCCCUAUCGGCCCUCCCAGGGACUGCGGCGCUCCCACGGGCCGUGCUAGGGGCGGUGACGCACCCAGGCGCCCCCAGGGGCCCUACCAGGGACGGUGGCCCCGUCAGGGGCCCUGCCAGGGUGGCUGGCGCAUCCCGGGGCGCUCCAAGGGACAGCUGCACUCCCAGGGGCCCUCCCUGGAUCGUUGCCAGAGGCAACGGCGCCCCUAG